AUUGGACCUCCAAAUAUCCGGGACACUGUUAAACUCAUCCCUGCCCGUCGAAAGGUAGGCACGAAAAGGUAACUACUGUUGCCCCGACUCAGCAGAAGCACGAACAGGGUCUGUCUCCCUAACCCCUCUAGCAUGGCUCUUGACGACGGAGUUGUGUGUCUGUGGGUCGUCAACCUCGUCGUGUCUGCUCCUGGCGAUCUAUUUCAGUGUAUAAGAAGCAGCGGUGGAACGAGGCAAAAUGCAUACGGCCUACGAAUCUCCUACCUCUCCCCUUUUGUUUGUUUGCGUUAUCUGCAAGUUUGCCUCGUGCUACACGCUCCAAUAUAAUGAGUUCCUUCACUAUGGCCCCCUUAGGCAGUACAUCUGAAGCGACAGCCUGCACGCCCCGAGGCUUUACACCAAUCUCUCCAUCAGAUCAAGACGGGGGCUAUGUUAACUACUUCGCUGUGCGCGAAGAAGAGGCCCGGGAAGUGCUCCUUACCUCCACUGACUCGAGCGAAAUCAAAUCAGUCUGCCUAUUUUUCCCAUUUCAAAACUUGUCAACCCUCUCCAAAUUAUUGUCGCAGCUUUCAUCGACAACGCUAGAUAAUAUUCUGGGAUCUCUUCCUCCACUGCCGACCGAGAAGCGUCAAAGCGUCCGCGAAAAUGACUACUGCAAGGUUGAGGAUGUUUUACGGCAUAUGGGAGCGAAAAGACCGGGCCCUCCUAUCUGGAAUUGGGAAUGGAGUGCAUCACUCCCAAUGGCCCCAUGUAAUGCUGCUCAGAUUGCUGGUAUCAUCGAUUCAGAAAUAUCUUAUAUGUUCUACAAAGUACCUUUCGCGGAGCUUGUAAGAGCAGCUUGUGGCUGCCCCACGGAGAUUAUCACAGACCUGUUAGCAGGGAUAUCUGCUUUCAGGAAUAACCUUCAAGCAUGUUUCUAUGAACUCCAUCAAUCGAAGGACAAAUACGAGUCAGUUGAGGAGGUAAACUUUGUUAGGCCUGGUGGAAGUAAGAGAUAUUAACAUAUUUGAUAGAUAUUACGAUCUCGGUCCCCUCUAGCGUAUUGGGUUGUAUCUACUGCCCUGCGAUGUUUUGAUGCCGUACCCGACCCAUUUGACGCGCUCAAUGCUAUCCUCGGCCCAAUUCAAGACGUUUUUGAAAGCAAGGACUUGUCUGUUACCCAAAUGCUCAAGCGCCUGGCUAUCUUGUCGGUGAUAUACUACGACAAAGUUGUUUGCGAAGAAGAUGGUAAAUGGGAAAGCCUUCUUUCUGCUGAUUUCUGCUUUUUGGACAGGAUUAGUAUACAGUCACCCGGAGCACUAGCCGAGUUAAUUACGAGCGAGGAUGAGGCUUGUUUUCGCAAAUUUUCUGUAGAGCUCUUGGAUUCAAAGGACUUUAUCUUACGUUGGGCAAAACUUGCAGAUAAUGUAAAGGCAUGUUGUACUGUUGACAGAAACUUGAUCAAUCCUAUGGGUGAAAGUGUCAAGGUACGUUUUGGUCUUUCUAUGCAGCGUAAAUUGCUAACUGGGAACUGGGAUAGCAUUUUUUACGCUUGCGAAACUAUUACUCUGCAACGGCUCUGCUUAUUGGCCUUUCCAAUGCUAGUUGUCACCCUGAAUCGCUCUCUCUAUUCUGGAGUCUUGUUGAUUCAACCAAUAACUAUGCGUCUUAUCGGUUACAAUGGUCCAAGGCUCCUGGAUUACCAUUUCUACAGUGUCACAUGUAUGGAAACAGGUUAAGGAAGUUAGCGGAUCUUUUUAGAUUUGUCGAAUAUUUCGAUUGGAGAUAUGGACAUCAUGAAUGGACCGGGGACGACCUCGACAGUUAUGUUGAUGAGCAGAAUGCACAUCACAACCAGCAAAUCUUAGGGUGGGUUGGAGCUAUAGCAUCGCUGAGGGAUAGACUCUUGGAUUUAUUCAAUGGCGGACUUGUGGUAGUUACAUCUCUACUGUCAACUAGCCGGUGUUGGAUCUGCAACCUUAGCACUCGAAGGAGGCAAUCACAGCUGAACAUCGAGAAUAGCUAUGUGGAUGCAUUUUCUAAGGAGGGUAUGAGAAGAUAGGUAGCUAAUAGCAAAGGAAAAAAGCAAGUCAGAGGGUCGGUUCGCGCGGAUAAGGGAAGCAGUGGAGAAUUUAGGAGAAAAUAGUGGUUCCUCUCUACAUACACGAUGCUGAAUUACCUGACGAAAAGACUUUUCCAUCGUUGGUCUUGCGCAAGGAGGUUCUGGAGGUUGUCCCACGAUUCCAAGAUCUCGGUAUCAACCUGCACCUCUAAUACAAGCCCCCGUUUUCCGUACGCACUCUCAAUAGCCUCACUCUCUAUCUCGUACUCGUGGUAUCGCUUUUCAAACAUCGCGUCAUCGUCUUUGCC